UCUGCUGCACCCAUUUCCUCAGCUUUCUGUCUUACGGAAAGGCUGAGACAAUGGACGACUCCGUGGUCUACACAGAAGUGAAGUUUACCAAGGAAGAAGAGCAUAUUAAACCUAGAAAGAUGGUUUUCGGCACCCUCAAAUCACAUUCUUUAUCCAAAGUAACCUGGAUCCUUGUCUUUGCUGUACUUAUUCUAUUCAUUGUUGUUGUUGUAAUGACUAUUGAAGUUGUCAGGUUGCAUAAGGGAAGUAGAUGCAGUGGGCUGUCACCUCAGCCAGAUGGGAAUGGUUGUGACCUGCCCUCCGAUGGACAGGCAGGAAUGACUGCUCUCGGAGAAAUCCCGUGUAACUGGGCUUCCUCUUCAGGACCUCCAUGCCCCUUUGACUGGUUACUACACAAGAGCCAGUGCUACCUGUUCUCCAGAGAAAAGCAGGACAGACAGUUUGCUCUUAGAUCCUGUUCCAGCAACUUCUCUCAGCUGGCUGAUACAGAGGAUCCGGGCAUUCUGAAUUUCUUGCGACAACACAUGGGGAAAACAUUCUACUGGAUUGGCUUAAAUAAAACAGAACAUGAUUCGAGAUGGUUAUGGACUGGAGGCAGGCCAUUGAACAGAACGCACUACUUCAAUAAUACCGACCACCAUAACAAACACUGUACAAUGGUAUCCACAGACAAAAUUUAUGCGGAAAAAUGCACUUUGGAAAAACUAUAUAUCUGUGAGAAGAAAGCCAGUUGUUAACUUGAUCUCUCCAAGACGAAAUUUAUUGGAACUGCAUUGACCCAAAAUAAUGUACUAAAAUUGUAUUCUUGCAAUUUGUUAUUCAUUCUGUUAGAACUUCCUUAUGCUCUAUUUUCAAACAAAAUGACUAUGGCUUUGUUUAGAGUUUUCUGUCAUUAAAAACAAAGUUGAGUGUUUAAAGGUG